AUCCCCUCACAUCCUUCAGCAACAAGCCAGUCAUCUCGCUACUUUGCUGCUUACUCAGUCUGUGAUGGCGUCCAAGCAGAUGCUCGUCGCCGUAGUCGCCGCGGCCGCCCUCGCCUUCCUCCCUGGGCUCGCCGUCGGCACGGAGCACAUGGUCGGCGACGACAAGGGCUGGACCCUCAACUUCAACUACACGGCCUGGGCCGACACCAAGCAGUUCGUCGUCGGCGACACGCUAGUGUUCAAAUACAACAGCGGCGCCCACAAUGUGGUGGAGGUGGGUGGACCGGACUUCCUCUCGUGCACUCAGCCGGCCAACGCCGUCGUCUGGGCCACCGGCGAGGACAGGGUCACGCUCGACAAGGCCGGACGCAAGUGGUUCUUCUGCGCCGUCGGCCAGCACUGCAAGAACGGCAUGAAGCUUAAGAUCACCAUCCUCGAGAGCGCAGCGCCGUCCAACCCAGCCGGCAAGCUGCAGGCGCGCUUCGGUGAGGCAGCUGUGGUGGUCACCGCGCUCGCCGCGGCCGUGCUCAUGUUCUAGGCCACCACAGUUCCACUCCAUGCUCUUUACAUAUAGCUAGCUCAGCGAUCGAGAGCGUUGCGUUGUGUGUUGGUUUUUGUAUGAGGUCGAUCACUCGCAAAAAAAAAAAAAUCCAGCAGUUAUUUUUUCUUACAACAACGUUGUGAAUUUAUGCCACUUUAAUUUUAUAGCGAAAAUAUCCAUGCGUUUCAACAGAAGAAAAUAAUAUGUCAUAACU